AAGGAAGAAAGUCACCACUGGUCUGCUACAGAUAGUCUGCAGCGAUGUUACAGUUGUGCUUUACUAAAGAUAUUUUACCAGAUUCUGUCAUCAGUGACUUUCAGAAUUUAAACAAAUUCAGCCAACAGCAAUUUGUCCGUCUGAUUGAAAUUAUCUUCCAGUUUCUACUGGAUUCUAAAGAGACAGAGAGGUUCGUGCAGCAGCUCGGGGACUUUGCAGCAGAACAUGGGAUGAGUGCUGGACCACUGAGGAACCUGAUGAAGAGUGUUCUGCUAGUACCACAGGGUGCCCUGAAAAAAAAUCUGACUGCCGAGCAAGUCAAAGAAGACCUUCUGACAUUAGGACUAAAUGAAGAUAAAGCGGUUCACUUUUCCCAGCAGUGGGGAAUCCACUAUGCUGUGCUAUCCAGACUCGCCAUACGACAAACACUGAUGGUCAACCAGCUGGUGGAUAUGGAGUGGAAGUUUGGUGUGACUGUUGGCACAAGUGAAAUCCAAAGGGUCAGCAACAUCUUUCUGCAGCUCAAGCUGGUGUUGAGAAAGGGGAACUCCACAGAAAACGUCUACAUGGAGCUGACUCUUCCUCAGUUUUACAACUUCCUACAUGAGAUGGAGAGAGCCAAGGCCAGCAUGGAGUGUUUCAGCUGAGUGCCUGAGUGUGAGUGUGUGUGCGCGCGCGCACGCAUGCAUGUGUGUGUGUGUGUGUGUGUGUGUGUGUGUGUG